GUCGGACAAAUUUGAAAUUAAGCGCAUGUCGGAUUUCUAUGCACUACUUUUUUUUAAGAAAAAACAAACAUUUUUUCUAAAUCUAAUGCUGCUCCAAUUAAAAGGUCGUACUAAUAAAAUAAAUAAGUGAAAUCAACUAAAAUUAAUAUUUUUAACAGAGGAAUAGUAGUUUAAAAGUUGUAUACAUAAAUGCAACUUAGAGCUGGUCUGUGCAACAAAUUUCAAUUAAAGACAACUGCUAUCUACAGACCAUUGAUAAGAUACUUGCCAUCAUUAUGUGCAAAAGCAAGUCCAACAUUAAGUCUCUUAGAGAAACAUACCACUGAAGUUAAAAUACAGCAUAGGAAAAUAAACAAAUAUAUCGCUGGAGCAAAGUCAUCUUUAUUCAAGAAGUUUUUUUAUUGGGAUCAAAAUGCACUAAUUAAAGUUCCUUCUUGGUUACUGUCUGUUGGUCCUUCAAAUAAAAAGUCCAAUAAUUCUUUUAAAGAAAAUGAAGGCAAUGAAAAUCCAGAUGGAAAGAAUCAGGAAAACAAUCCUUACAAUGGGCCAAAUUUUUUUUUAUGGGCAAUCGGAUUUUUUCUAAUUAGUGUGCUUUUAAAGAAUGGUGGCAAUGGAGGCAUUCCAGAGACGUCAUGGCCAGUUUUUUUACGACUUAUGUUGCAGACUGGAGAAGUUGAUAGAUUGACUGUCUCUUCAAAUCAAGAUCAAGUUUAUGUUUUUCUUAAAGAAGGCGCACAAAUUAACGGUAGAGAGGUUAGUAGUUCUGGUCCCGAUUAUAAAUUUUCAAUUGGAAAUCUUCAGAGGUUUGAAGAAAAUCUAAUUGCUGAGCAGAAAAAGCUUGGUAUUGAAUCACCUGAUUACAUUCCAGUAUCAUAUAGUUCUUCAAAUAAAAGCAAGUUUUCUCUUCUGGAAAUUAUGAUGAUAGGAGGUGCAGCAUUGGCAUUUAUUUUUUACUUUAUUUCCAAUAAAACUAAAGGAGGUCUAGGAUUUGGUUCAUUUGGAAAUCCAUUUUUACGUCAUACGGUUGCCAAAGCAACAAUAAUCAAACCAGGAUCUAAGCAGGGAAUAAGUUUCAAAAAGGUUGCUGGAAUGAAUGAAGCAAAACAAGAAGUAAUGGAGUUUGUGGAUUUCCUUAAAAAUGCAGAUAAAUUUAAAGAAUUAGGAGCAAAAAUGCCAAAGGGUGCUUUACUUUGUGGACCACCAGGAACUGGAAAAACAUUGUUAGCUAAAGCUAUAGCUACAGAAUCUUCUGUUCCGUUUCUCUCCAUGGCGGGUUCAGAUUUUGUUGAAAUGUUUUCAGGGGUUGGUGCUGCUAGAGUACGAGAUUUAUUUUCUCAAGCUCGUAAAAUGUCUCCAUGUAUUGUGUAUGUUGAUGAAAUUGAUGCAAUUGGAAGAGCAAGAAGACCAGGACAAGGUGGCAACAGUGAACAAGAAAGUACCUUGAAUCAACUACUUGUUGAAAUGGAUGGUAUAAACAGUGGAGAAGGAGUGGUUAUGUUAGCCUCAACAAAUAGACCUGAUAUUCUUGAUCAGGCUUUGAUGCGUCCUGGUCGCUUUGAUCGAACCAUUACAAUUGAUUUACCUACACUUGUUGAGCGUAAAGACAUUUUUGAAAUCUAUUUAAGUGAUUUAAAGUUAGGGAGUUCAUUAACUAAAUACUCUGAGAGAUUAGCAGAACUCACCCCUGGAAAAAGCGGAGCUGAUAUAGCAAACAUUUGUAAUGAGGCUGCGUUGCAUGCAGCUCGGUUAAAUGAAAAAUGUGUGGACUCUGCAAACUUUGAGUAUGCUGUUGAACGUGUAAUUGCAGGCAUUCAAAAGCGUACAAAUACAAUGAGUGAUAUAGAAAGACGUAUAGUUGCAUAUCAUGAAGCUGGUCAUGCUAUUGUCAAUUGGAUGUUAAAAUACACUGAACCUGUGCUUAAGAUAUCAAUUAUACCUCGAACGUCUUCUCCUUUUGGAUACACGCAAAAGUUUCCACUUGACAUUAAACUUCAUACUAAUGAACAGUUAUUUGACAUGAUGUGUGGACAUUUAGGUGGAAGGGCUGCAGAGGCAAUUACUUUUGGGCGCAUAACAACUGGAGCUGAGGAUGAUCUAAAGUUAGUAACUAAAAUGGCUUAUCAGCAGAUUGUAACAUUUGGUAUGAAUGAGCGUAUUGGACCUAUAUCAUUUAGAAUGAAAAACAGUGAGGAAAUUUCACGCAAACCAUAUAGUGACGCUCUAGCACGUAUAAUAGAUGAGGAAGCUCGUUCACUUGUUUCAAAAGCAUUAGAUGUUACUAAUAAAGUUAUAACAGAAAAUAAAAUCAAACUUGACAAGCUUGCCAGUGAAUUGUUAGAAAAAGAAGUUAUUAAUCACGAUACAUUAAUUCAAAUUAUUGGUCCCCCGCCAUUUGGUGACAAACGUGAAACUUAUUAUAAAAAAGCUUUUCAAUCUACAUGAAAAAUAACAUGAAAAUGAGUUUUUUUGAAAUAAGAUAUAUUUUGAGCACAA